UACCGCCCUUCUCCGGCGCGCUGAAGGACUAUAAACAAACACCCCCAGCGUCAGAGUCAUGUGGUUGGUCAUGAGGAAGUAAACAGAGAAGAGAGGACCCAAAGAGCUAGAGUAUCCAGGCAGUGGGUCAAGGUGUAGCUGUUUUGUGCAUCCUCCUCCUCCUCCUCCUCCUCCUCUUCUUCCUCUUCCUCCAGCCGCUAUGGUGGACUUCCUGGCAGAAAACAACCUGUGCGGCCAGGCCAUCCUCAGGAUAGUUUCUAGAGGAAAUGCCAUCAUUGCUGAGCUCCUGCGCCUGUCUGACUUCAUCCCUGCAGUUUUCAGGCUCAAAGACAAGAGUGACCAGCAGAAAUAUGGAGACAUUAUCUGUGACUUCAGCUACUUUAAGGGUCCAGAGUAUUACGAUGGGAAACUGGAAGCCAAACCUGAGCUUCAAGACCUGGAUGAAGAGUUUAGAGAGAACAACAUUGAGAUUCUGUCGAGGUUCUAUCUGGCUUUUGAGAGUGUCCACAAGUAUAUAGUGGAUCUUAACAGAUAUUUGGACGACCUACAUGAGGGUGUUUAUAUUCAGCAGACCUUGGAGACUGUGCUUCUAAAUGAGGAUGGGAAACAGCUUUUAUGUGAAGCUCUCUACCUUUAUGGAGUCAUGCUGCUGGUUAUUGACCAAAAGAUUGAAGGGGAGGUCAGAGAGAGGAUGCUUGUUUCCUACUAUAGAUACAGUGCUGCUCGUUCAUCAGCCGACUCCAACCUGGAUGACAUCUGCAAGCUCCUGCGCAGUACCGGUUACUCCAGUCAGCCUGGAGCCAAACGACCAGCCAACUACCCUGAGAGCUACUUCCACAGAGUUCCCAUCAGUACCACUUUUAUUAGCAUGGUCAUUGGGAGGCUGCGCUCAGACGACAUAUACAACCAAGUGUCUGCGUACCCUCUACCAGAGCAUCGUAGCACAGCGCUGGCUAACCAGGCAGCCAUGCUGUAUGUCUGCCUCUACUUCAGCCCCUCCAUACUGCACACCCAGCAAGCCAAGAUGAGGGAGAUAGUGGACAAGUACUUCCCUGACAACUGGGUUAUCAGUAUCUACAUGGGGAUCACAGUAAACCUGGUGGAGGCCUGGGAACCAUACAAAGCUGCCAAGACUGCUCUCAACUACACUCUGGACUCUGCCAACAUCAAAGAGCAGGCCACUCGAUAUGCAGCUAGCAUGGAAAGUCUGAGGCCUCAGGUGCAGCAGCUGCUGAAGGAAGGUUUCCUCAGGGAGGAGAUCAUCCUGGACAACAUUCCCAAACUACUCAACUGUCUGAGGGACUGCAAUGUAGCUAUCCGCUGGCUGAUGCUGCACUCUGCAGAGUCAGCCUACGAUCCGAACAACAAGCGACUGCGUCAGAUCAAAGAGCAAGUGCUCAACGACUCCAAGUACAACCGUAAGAUCCUGUUCCAGCUCUUGCUAGACACUGCUCAGUUCGAGUUCACACUCAAAGAGAUGUUCAAGCAGAUGUUGUCAGAGAAGCAGAUCAAAUGGGAGAGCUAUAAGAAAGAGGGAUCAGAGAGAAUGACCGAGCUGGCCGAAGUCUUCUCUGGCGUCAAACCUCUGACCAGGGUGGAGAAAAAUGAGAACUUACAGGCCUGGUUCAGAGAAAUCUCAAAGCAGAUUGAGUCUUUGAACUAUGAAGACUCCACAGCUGCUGGAAGGAAGACAGUUCAGCUCAUACAGGCUCUUGUUGAGGUCCAGGAGUUCCACCAGUUGGAGUCUAACCUGCAGGUCUGUCAGUUCCUGGCUGACACCAGGAAGUUCCUGCACCAAAUGAUCCGCACCAUCAAUAUAAAAGAAGAAGUCCUCAUUACCAUGCAGAUAGUUGGAGACCUUUCCUACGCAUGGCAGAUAAUUGACAGCUUCACAUCAAUAAUGCAGGAGAGCAUCAGAGUCAACCCGUCCAUGGUUACCAAACUGAGAGCUACAUUUCUGAAGCUGGCAUCUGCAUUGGACCUUCCAUUGCUGCGUAUCAACCAGGCCAACAGUGCCGACCUGCUGAGUGUCUCACAGUUCUACUCUGGGGAGUUGGUGGCUUACGUCAGAAAGGUGCUGCAGAUCAUCCCCGAGAGCAUGUUCACCUCUCUGGCCAAAAUCAUCAAGCUUCAGAUCCAUGACAUCAUGGAGGUGCCCACACGGCUAGAUAAGGACAAGCUAAAGGACUACUCCCAGCUCGGGGCUCGCUAUGAAGUGGCUAAACUCACCCAUGACAUCUCCAUCUUCACCGAGGGGAUCCUGAUGAUGAAGACCACUCUAGUUGGGAUCAUUAAGGUGGAUCCUAAGCAACUACUGGAGGAUGGCAUCAGGAAGGAGUUGGUGAAGAGGGUAGCUUAUGCUCUGCACAAGGGAUUGAUCUUCAACCCCAAGGCUAAGCUGAGUGAGCUGAUGCCCAAGUUGAAGGACAUGGCGGCCACCAUGGAUGGGUUCUACAGGUCGUUUGAGUACAUCCAGGACUACGUCAGCAUUUAUGGCCUUAAAAUCUGGCAGGAGGAAGUAUCCCGCAUCAUCAACUACAAUGUGGAACAGGAAUGCAAUAGCUUCCUCAGGGCAAAGAUCCAGGACUGGCAGAGUGUGCACCAGUCCACCCACAUCCCCAUCCCGAAGUUUCCCUCUGUGGAUGAGUCUGCUACCUUCAUUGGUCGUCUCUGCAGAGAGAUCCUACGAAUCACUGAUCCCAAGGUGACGUGCUACAUCGACCAGAUGAACACCUGGUACGACCUAAAGAGCCACCAGGAGGUCACCAACAACAGGCUGUUCUCUGAGAUCCAGAACACCCUGGGUACAUUUGGCCUUAAUGGACUAGACCGCCUGCUCUGCUUCAUGAUAGUAAAGGAACUUCAGAACUUCCUGACAAUGCUUCAGAAGACCAUCCUGAGGGACAAAGCUGUGGUGGAUGUUUUUAAAGCUAUGCUGGGUGCUGUCAACCCAGUCCAGGGCAUUGUGGCUAAUGCCAGCAAAGUGUACGCUAAUGCUGUGGCCAAAACUCAGAAGAUCUGGGGUGCAUAUCUGGAGGCCAUCAUGAAGGUGGGUCAGAUGCAGAUUCUCAGACAGCAGAUUGCUAAUGAGCUGAACUACUCCUGCAAGUUUGACUCCAAACACCUGGCUGCUGCUCUGGAAAACCUGAACAAAUCUCUGCUGGCUGACAUUGAAGCUCACUACCAGGAUCCAUCCCUGCCCUACCCUAAAGAGGAUAACACUCUUCUGUAUGACAUCACUGCCCACCUGGAGGCUGCCGGCAUUCACAACCCACUCAACAAGAUCUACAUCACCACAAAGCGCCUACCUUACUUCCCCAUCAUCAACUUCCUGUUUAUUAUUGCACAGCUGCCUAAACUUCAGUACAGCAAAAACCAAGGAAUGACGUGCAGGAAAGCCACAGACCCAGUGGACUGGCCUCCUCUAGUGCUCGGCCUGCUCACCCUGCUCAAGCAGUUCCACUCCAGAUACACACAUCAGUUCAUGGCUCUCAUUGGUCAGUUCAUCCGCUCUAUCAUGGAGCAGUGCACAAGUCAGAAGAUCCCUGACAUGCCUUCUGAUGUGGUGGGGGCUCUGAUGUUCCUGGAGGACUAUGUGAAGUACACAAAACUGUCACGCAAGGUGGCUGAAGCCCAUGUGCCCAGUUUCAUUUUUGACGAGUUCAGAACAAUACUGUGAAGAUCUGGAUAAAGCAUUUCAUUAGACAAUUAUACUUUUGUUAGGCUUUUUUCACUGCAGACAUUUGAUCUUGUCAUAGUGGGAGAAGAGGAGGUGUUACAUACAUGCUUGCUUUGUUCAUUUCAAGUGUUCCUGUAAGCCAUGUCAGUGUGUGACAGUAAUCUAGGUUGCACAAUUCCAGGACCCUGAAGCGAAGGAAAGCAGCUAAAUGGAGUUUUGCCUUCAUUCAUUUUAUGAUUUAAAGCUGCGCUUCAGUGUCUUUCAUGAAAAAAGCCUAUUGAAUAGUUUACUUACACAUUUCAUUGCCCAUUAAUGUCUUAAUGCACUAAUAAUAGAUUGUACAUAGAUAAUAAAAUUAAAUUGCCUAUGACUUAACUUGCAAACUUUGUAUAUUGUCACUUUGUGCCAUUGCCUAAUGAAUUUCAUUAAUAAAAAUGAUUGUUCAUAA